AUGUUUCGAAUACUGAUCUUGUCUAUUGUAUGUUUUGUUAUUGUUAAUGGUAAUUUAAAAGAUGAUAUUACAGAGAAAGCAUCAGCAACAUUAAAUCAAGCCGAAAAAUUGGGAGAAAAAGUAGUUGAUGGUGUUAAGGAAGGUGUUGCCAAUGCUAAAGCUUUUGCUGAACCAGCUAUCGAUACUAUCAGUGAAAAAGCUGCUGAAACACUUAAAGCUGGUCAAAAAGCUGCUGAAAAUGCUAAAGCAACAGCAAGUAAGAAACUUGAUGAAGCUAAAAGUGCUGGUGAAAAUCUUCGAAAAAGAGCAAGUGAAACUGUCGAUGAUUUAGAAGAUGCAGCUAUUGAUGCCGCUCAAUCAGCAAAGAAAACAGCUGGCAAAGUAGCUGAUCAAGCAUCAAAACAAGGUGAAAAAAUACAACAACAAGCAGGUAGUGCAGGUGAAAAGGUAAAGCGACAAGCUAGUGAUGCUAGUGAUAAAAUUAAAUCAGCAGCACAAGAUACAAUAACACAAGCUGAAAAAAAAGGUGAAGGUCUUCUUCAUUCAGUUUGUAAUGUUCUUACUGAUAUUAAAAAUUCAAUUCUUGAAUCUAUGGGAUUAGCAUCUAAACAUACAGCUGAUCUUACAGAUCAAGCUAAAGCAAAAUUGGAUGAAGUUACUGGUAAGGCACAAAAAGCUGCUAAACAAAUGAAAAAAGAUGCUAAAGAUACACUCGAUUUAUAA